CUAGAAGUGAGUUCAUAUCAGUUAUGCCUUGAUUGUUUUUUUGAAGAAAGAAAAAAAAAGACCUCCUUUCAGUCUAGUUUCUUCUGCAGCCCUUUCAACAGUCGCUACCAAAAACCCUGAGCCGCGAAGACUAAAGAUUCAAGAACCCGAAAGAAGAAAAAAAGGUAUAUAUGGAGGAGAAGCUGAAGUGCUUGGUGUUGGUGGGAGCUGGAGCUCUUGCUGGUGCCGUUUCAACCUUCUUUGUUCUUAAGCUUCUUCCAAGAAGUGUUGCAAAUCAGUUGGAUAAAAAGGCUGCCAAAUUGAGUGAGAAAGCUAUCAAAUGCUGGAUUGAUUCUGGAAACGGGAAUUGUGGGAUGUCUGGCUUGAACCUUCUAGCAGAUGAAAUAGUUUCCGAACAACUGACUAGGAACAUUCAGUUCUUUGGCCUUGACUCUCAACAAAAGGUUACAACAUCCUAUGUUGUAGUCAUUGGUCUUGGAGGUGUUGGAAGUCAUGCUGCAUCUAUGCUUCUGAGAUCAGGAGUUGGCAAGCUCCUAUUGGUGGACUUUGACCAGGUAUCACUUUCAUCAUUAAAUAGACACGCUGUUGCAACACGAGCAGAUGUUGGUAUUCCAAAAGCUGAGUGCCUCAGGAAGCAUUUUGCUUCAAUCUUCCCUGAAUGCCAAAUAGAAGCGAAGGUGCUACUGUAUGAUGUGUCAUCUGAAGAAGAAAUUCUUUCUGGCAACCCUGAUUUUAUUUUGGACUGCAUUGAUAACAUUGACACAAAGGUGGCGCUUCUGGCUGCAUGUGUACGCAGAGGUUUGAAGGUACUAUCUGCUACAGGAGCUGGAGCUAGAGCUGACCCAACAAGAAUUCGUGUGGCUGAUUUAAGAGAGUCAACGAAUGAUCCAUUAUCUAGAGCUGUGAGACAUCGUUUAAGGAAAGAUUAUGGCAUUGAGGGUGGAAUUCCUGUUGUUUUCUCUUUAGAGAAACCUAAAGCUAAGCUGCUUCCUUUUAAGGGGCCAAGUGGUGAAGAAGAGAACCCUUCAGAUUAUCAAAUAGUACCUGGGUUUAGGGUCCGCAUCAUACCUGUUCUGGGUACCAUCCCUGCAAUUUUUGGACAGGUUAUGGCCUCCUAUGUCGUUACACAACUUGCAGGAUUGCACAUUCAAACAGAGCCAGUGGUAAAUUUAGGUGUAGAUCAUUACCAGAUGCUUCUUCAACGGCUUAUUGAGCACGAAGAGUCUUUGUUUGGUUCAGCCAUGCAAGUCCAGGUUGAUGUUGAGGAAGUGAGGUACAUUGCGAAAGAGUUGUGGCAUGGGAGAAGUGCAAGAGAGCUGUCUGCAAAAGAUGUGGGGCGUGGAAUGUGGCGAUCUGUUAAUGAGUUGAUGCUUGUGAGAUGGGACCGGGCAAAGCCAGCAUCUGUAUCAAAUUUAAUUCUUUUAAAGUUUAAAGAGGCUGAUGAACAUGAGCUGAGGACUCUUGAUGAUAUCAAAGAAAAGGAACCAGAAUUUUUCAGCAGGGUGACAUCUGUGCUGAAGCGAGCUGAACAAGACUUUGGCUUGUAACUUGCACAAUUAGCUGAAGGGUCUUUGGCAAGGUGUGGUUGCAUAAUAGUGGUUUUGAAUUGGGUGGUGCAGGUGCUGCUGGUCUCAAGCAUAGGGUUUUGAUGGAAAUUGCUGCCCUUGAAGAUAUCAGGUGAAAUUUAACAUUGUAAGUGUGCCACAUGCUCGAAGUUCUUUGUCUCACUUUUCUCAUUUGCUGGAAAGGACCUAAUGAUAUUCUUGUUAGAAGGGUUUUUUUUUUUUUUUUCAAAAAUUGAAAGAUAAAGAUCUUUAGCCAAAAUUUAGUGUUAAUACGAGGAUUGAUGGUGUUAUUCAGCCUGUUUAGCAUGAUGAAUUGGCAAAAGUAUUCUCGAUAGUUUCAUUAUAUCCUUGGUAAUGAUACCUCUCUCUCUCUCUGUCCGUCUGUCUUGGAAGAGGGAUUUAGAAGAGAUGAUGCUGAUCUGCAGUUUAUGUUCUGUUCUAGGGAAACCUGGCUUGAAGACAAUUAGGCUACUAUAGUGGACUUUUAGCACUGCUUGGUUAAAGUUCAAAUUCCGGUAUUAGAGCAAAGUGUAUUUUAUUCUAUCCCAAUUUUGACUAAUUUAGUCUUCUACUUUGGCAUUUGUGAUCAGCUAAGGUUAAUUGAUAGCACUUUCAAAGGAAACUGUUAUUUAUUGAUGAUAAUGUGACAAUGAGAUGGCACUGAUAUCUACAUUUUUAUUUAUAAA